CUCUUUUUAUUCCACCGCCGUGGGAACUGGGACAGGCACCUGCUCCCUCCAGUCGCGGCGAAAGUGAGAUCCGCCAUGGCCUCCGAGAACAAGGAUGGAGAGCAGCACAGGCACCAGGAAGUCGGCCACAAGAGCCUCCUCCAGAGCGACGCCCUCUACCAAUACAUUCUGGAGACGAGCGUGUACCCCCGCGAGCCCGAGCCGAUGAAGGAGCUCCGAGAUAUCACCGCCAAGCAUCCAUGGAACUUGAUGACGACUUCGGCGGACGAGGGGCAGUUCUUGGGGAUGCUUCUGAAGCUCAUCAACGCCAAGAACACGAUGGAGAUCGGCGUCUACACGGGCUACUCUCUGCUCGCCACCGCCCUCGCCCUCCCUGACGACGGCAAGAUCCUGGCGAUGGACAUCAACCGGGAGAACUUCGAGAUCGGGCUGCCCGUCAUCCAGAAGGCCGGCGUCGCCCACAAGAUCGACUUCCGUGAAGGCCCCGCCCUCCCCGUCCUCGACCAAUUGGUCGAAGAUGCGAAGAAUCACGGGUCCUUUGACUUCGUGUUUGUGGACGCGGACAAGGACAACUACAUCAACUACCACAAGCGGCUGCUGGAGCUGGUGAAGGUGGGCGGCGUGAUCGCGUACGACAACACGCUGUGGAACGGGUCGGUGGUGGCGCCGCCGGACGCGCCGAUGCGCAAGUACAUCCGCUACUACCGCGACUUCGUCAUCGAGCUCAACAAGGCGCUCGCCGCCGACGAGCGUAUCGAGAUCUGCCAGCUCCCCGUCGGCGACGGCGUCACCAUCUGCCGUAGGGUCAAAUGAGUUGAUAAUUAAUCGCCAAAACUUGCUACUGCUACUGCAAAUCUAUAAAUCUAUCUCCCUGUUUCAUUACAACGUUAAUUUGAUGGUGUGUGAUCACAGCGAACAAUUCCCUUUCAGUUGAGUUUCUGGGAAAUUUCCACAAGAAGGCUUGCAUUUAUAUUGUGUUUUCAUUUAAAGAAAGGGUAGAAAAAUGUAUUGUUUCUUGCAUUGUUUCUUCUUUUGCCCAAAGAGAGAAUAUGCCCUGCUUCACUCAA